UUAAAGUCAAUUAAGUCAGCUGUCACAAAAAAAAUUCAUGUUAGGACCAAAUAUUACGAUGAAAAAAAAUUUGUAUGUUUAAAGAGAACGGUAGAUAUUUUUUUAAAAAUGAAAAUAUAACUGAAAAUAUAGUACAAUUAUGAUAAUAGAAUUAAAAUAAGAACAGAAAUUUUCGGUUACAAUAUGUAUUAUAAAGAUAUUGUAGGAGUACAAUAAUUAUAUAUCCCAAUAAUUACUAUCACAAAUGUUCGAAGUCGAACUGUUAUACGGCCGAUAUUGGUCAGAGUGUAGUUUAUUGAUUAAAGAAAAUAUAUCUUAAAUUAGACGUGUGAUGAGUGAAAGAUGAGGUAUAACAAGCAGGAGCUGGUGGCCCUGGCCUCGCAGACGUCGCAGAACUUCGACCGCGAGGGUGUGCUAGUCAUGAGGGAGAGACAGGACGGAUUCUUCCGUAGAUCUGAAGGGUCAACAGUUCGGUGGUUUCGUCUUAGAGGCAAUCUACUCUUCUACUUAAAAGGCCCGGAACCCUGGUAUGAACCAAUGGGCGUGAUAAUUUUGGGCAAUCAUCAAGUAAAACUACAAUCGCAAGACGAAAACGGACAUUGGCCUUUUCAAAUCGUGUGGGACAGCGGAGUCAGUUACAGAAUGGCGACAUUUCUUGAGACCGAGCGCACUCUUUGGCUGAAAGCGAUACAGUUAGCUUCCUACGACAACAUGCACUCCAGAGUUCAAGAUUUGAAGGACCGACUCAACGCCAUUCGGCCAGUCAUCGACAUCACCAACUACAGGCUGCAGAAGGGGAUCUUUGUCGACAUGAACGAGGUACCGAUCUGUGAGUUGGCGCUGUCUUGCGACAACUUGCUCUGCGACGCUCACGGCAAGCCUCCCUCGCCCAUGGUAGUCAUCUAUGCGAAGAAUCCGAAGGGACCCUGCAUUGAAUACGGUUCUACUGAGGUGGUAGAGAUGUGUAGUAACCCGAGUUUUUCGAAAACUAUUCUGUUCCGGGCCAGCGACGGUCUGAACGGCGACACCAUGAUUCGGCUCGUGGUUUACGAUGUCAAGGAACCGGUAUCGGACACCACCGUGCCAAUGGGCUUCACCAGUAUGAAGCUGAGCAUGAUACAGGAAGCCCAGAGGCUGCGCGUGUCCCUUUGCACCAAAGAGGAGAAGACGAUCGGUUUCGUCACCUUGAACGGCUGGAGUCUGGAGCCGUCUUACACAGGCACCAGUCCAGUCCACAGCAACGACAGGAGCAUCGAGAUACCGCAAAAGGUACUCUGCCACCGCAGGUCUCAAUCCCUGCCGCCACGUCUCGGCUUGAAACUCAAGUUUCCCUCGUAUGGAUCGUUGAUCAAGCAGAAUUUCCUGAACAGCCACCAAGUGACGUACAGGUUCCAAUCGGGCCUCGGUGGCGACAUAACUGUCCACGAAAUCAUGACGGAACCGAAGAUUUGCUUCUCGAUGCCGGUCCAACUGUUGAACAUUUAUAUUGAACGCGAACGAGAGCUGCUAGAGGAAUUGCUCUCGGUCGGUGAGAUCUGUAGCCAGUGGCAGAACCGGCAGCUGGAGUUAGUCAGCAACCACGUCGGUCUGCUGAAGCACUACGGACACGCCAAGAAGUGUAUGGAGAGCAUUGACGACGUUUAUUUCAAGGCUAGCUGUCGCAAGGAUGACGCUAGUUUAGAGUUCGCGCCGGUUAACUUGCACUUGCAACGUAUGUGGGUGCACAAUGACACGUUGAACAAAACCGGCUUCCAUGACAUUGUAACUGCCGGAGCUUUUGCCGCUCACACUCAUAAGACAGAGCGAUCUGGAGGAUUGAUCAGGCUGGUCCAACACGUCAAAGACAUUAAUAGCAGCAAAGCCGAGCUGCAAUCUAUUACCAAUAAGAUACAAGUCGAAUAUGACAACGUGGUGGCUCUGCGGCGUCUGAGAGACGAACUGUCCGGCGACAUGGACAGGAUCAUUAUGCUGCUUCAGGCAAAGCAGAUCGAAGAAGUUCAAGCCAUAUUGGACGGCAUUAAGAACAAGGCGAAGAGCAUUCUCGCAUUGUGGGACCCGACAGCCGUGGAGGAGACGCUGUCUUACAUCGGGUGGCCGAAAGAUUAUGGUUACGACGAGUCCGAUGGGCAGACAAUGUCCACGAUCCUACGUCUGACGGAACAGAUGAACCUGUUCGAAGCCGUCAAUUCGGACUGCGAAACCCUGGACGUUUCGUCUAGCUCCAGCUCGAAGGAGGCCUCGCCCACUGAAGACGACCCGUCGACAUGUACCAGCGAACCGAGCAUGAGUUGCGACAAAAAGAAUCCAAUAUCCGAAGAAAUCGAAGAAGAACUGCAGUUCCACAACGAUUACUUCAAGACCGAGAGAGAAGAACGGAUCAGUCUAAAUAAUUCGUUCCGUUCAGUUCGUUCAGCGAAAACGACCGAACCGAGUCAUUCGCUCGAUUCGACUAAGACGAGGCACGGUAGCCUCAGAUAUGACUUUAAGAGUUCCGCCUCGCUGGAGCAGGUCUCUUAUCGAUGCCUCGUUAAUAACAACAAAGUCGAUAAGAGGAAGACGCCUCAAGGUAUAUCGGACGCACUGGACGACGUCAGUCCUCUGGAUCAGACGACCAGAGACAACAACUUUGCGUACUUGAAGGCCGUCGGAACAGCAAUCGAGGAAGCGUUGGCUUCGCUGAUUCGGUUCGUUGUCGAAAUAAUCCGAACUGAGAAUGGAGACCACACCGAAGAGCAGAUGGAUGUUAUCAGAGCUCAGGCUGAAUUGCUGAAGAAGAACGUGGACGGCGCUGCGCGUUGGCUGCGCGUGUCUCACGCCGCCCUGCGUCUCCGCUGCGAAGCUCCGCUGUGGGCGCGCGAGAAUGCCGUCCUCCAAACCAGGAGGGACACUUGUUUCUCUCAAGCCUUGACGACUGUCACGUCAGGGUUGCUCUGCUGGUUAUGCUCUGUACCCAGCGAUGUGGUAGUCAAGCUGUUGUCUUCCGGGCUGGGCCCCCUCUGUGGAUUCGAAGGUCUCCUCAGUUUGUAUUCGAAUGAGAAGGCAAUGUGGGGCGACAUGGUCGUGGCCGUUGAAGAUCUUCAGACGGUCGUCUUUCAACUGUGUAAAGUCGGGCACGGUAAUCCAUCGGUACCUCAAGUGACUGGCGCCAGAGGUGCAUUGGUGGUUAAAUUACCAGUGUCGGAAUCAUUGUACUCGAAGUUUGACGUGAAGGAGCAUCUUUCGUUCACAAUAACGGCGGUGUUCUUCAACAUCGGCAUUAACGAGAAGGCGUCGCUGGCCGAAGCCCUCGGCGAAACGAUUCCGCAGUACCACUCGAACAGCGAUAACUUGGACCGCCUCAACAAGUACUACCACAAGUUCUGCAAGGUCUUCCCGCAGGAUCUGGUCGCCAUCACCAGAGGAGUGAUGACAUUCAGGAAACCGUCUUCAAGGUCGAAGCCGUUGGAGGAGGUAAUGGAGAACCUUAGGAUCUCGGUGCACAAAAAAGUGCCAAGGAACUACGAGGUGAUACAGCUGGCUUCGAUGGCCGUAAGGCAGAUGAACGGCGUAAGGUUCACGUCCUGUAAAAGCGCCAAGGAUAGGACCGGAAUGUCUGUGACCCUAGAACAGUGUUCGAUAUUGGCCUCGGAGUAUCAUCUCGCCGAGAACGAAGUGAAGAAGGCCCUUGAUAUUAUGAGAAGCGAGGGCUGUCGCCGUGCUAACACCCAAAAGAACAUCGGUGUUAGAAAAUACGCCUUCACUAAGAAGCAAGUGAUGACCCUGCCGGGCGAUUACCGUCCGCCCGCCGGAACAUAUGGCAUCACCCAAACAUAAACCCGCCACGAUUAAAUUCAAAUAUAAACAGAAAAAAAAAAUUGGCAAAGAGUAAGUACGGAAUGCAAAAGAAAAAAAAUUAUAAUAAAAACGGUUUGCUAUCAUUGGUGACGGAACGAUCUUUGUUUGUAAAAAGUAUAAUAAAUUUCAUUCCUUUUAUAUAAUAGUUUGGUUUAACAUAACAUAAACUUACUUGAUCAAAACUAAAACUACUAUAUAACAAAUUCAAAAUGAGUAUAACAGGUCUGGUCGCAAGUUGAUUCAUUAUACGAUUUACAUAAAAAAAGUACAAUUUGGUUCGUCAUAAUUAUAUUAAAAUAUUUUUUUUAUUAUAUAUUAAAAAUGAAAAAAAAACAAUUCAGUUGUCAAAUAACAUGAAAAUACGAUAUAAGUUGAUAAUAUUUGUUCGAUAUUAUAUAUUAUUUUUAGUAACUAUGGGGACAUUUCAACAUUGCGGGAAUUAAUUCUUUAAAAUUGUCAUUUAAAUCAUUUUAAAUAUCAUUUUUUUAAUUAUUCGAAUAACUUACGAGUACAUAUAUUAUGUAGAAAAUAAUCUAUGAUUAUUGUUAUUUGUUUAUAUAAAAGCCACGACUUUGCUUUGAAAAUUCUCCGUAUAUAUGUAUUUCUGUUGUAUAUAGUAUCCGUUGGGUGAGCACGCGGGCAGCGCCUCUAGCGGAUUCACUUCAGACUAAUCUAGAAUAAUCUAGAGUAGAGUAUAAAGAUAAUCUGAAGAUCUUUUGUUAGUAAACUUUAAAUUGCUUGGGUUUGUGGCUAUUGAACUUAAAAAAACAAUGCGUGCCAAAUUUCGCAUAGUUUUGACGGUUAUACAUAUGUAGUUGCAAUAAACUUUACAGCUAUCACACCCUAUUGUUCUAUAAUAAUCUCAAACUUUAGGUCUACAAAAUUUUUAGUAAGGUUUGAGUAGUUGGUUGAUGUGCACCCAAACGAUAAAAUUAUAAUUAAUUUACUCUAAAAUGAGAUUCUCAAUAAAUAAAUAGUAUAUAUAAUUAAUAUAAUAUUAAUUUGAUUUAGUAUUAUAAUAAUUUAUUGGAACCUUCCAUUGGAAUUUUAUAUGAAUGUACACUCACAUAUGAUGAAUUUGUUUUGUUGAGGCCUCAAACUUAAGCCCAAUUAGACAUUAAACUACUUAAAUAGAGCAGCUAUUGUUUUCAAUAUUAAUCUGGACAUAUCUUGGCUAUUCAUCAGAUACUACUUAUCAUAAUAUAUUUUUACAAUUUAUGUUACAGUUUUUCUGUUAUUUAUAGUAAGUUUUGUUUAAGACUUAUUUUUUCUCAAGAAAUUAUGAAAUUUAACAUUUUCUUUACCUUUUUAUAUUUAUUUUGUAUGGUACCUUAGAAUAUUAUGUUAUGAAGUCUGUUAAUUAAAAAAAAGUAUUUUAGAUGGAAAACUGUUCGGUUUAUAACAAAAUUAUCACCCUAUUUACUAAAUAUUUAGGUUUGCCUACUUUUGCCGCUAGGGGCGCUGUUCCAAUUGCAUACAAAUUUCAGUUAACUUUUACGCUAUCGAGAACGUUAAAAAACUCUCACUAAGCACACAAUACCAUUUUAUUCUCAGCUAGGACGCCGGAGCUCAAACAGUUAAUAUAAUAUUUACAUAUAACACCAAACUAGCGCAAUUUGUAAUAACAUGUAUUAUCAACUUUUAUCUAUUAAGUGCUCGCAUCAAUAAAUAUUAACCACAUUAAUAUAUUAUAAGUAUAUACUAUAAUAGUCAAUAUUACAAACGUAUUCUUCCAGCACAUUUGCCAAAAAUAUACACGAUAAAGUAAUCAAAAGUAUUAAUUCAACGAAAAAUAACUUCCCUUACUAAAAAUUAUAGAAUGAUGUAGAUAUAAUUCUAAAAAAAAACAAAAAAAAUCAAACUUCUUUAUACAUUGUUUCUUGUUUUAAAAAAUUUUACUUUUAAAUUGUCUAGAAAAUUAUUUGUAAAUGACAAUGUUCGUUUUUUUUUUCGUCUAAAUUAACAAUCAUUUUUAAUUAAUUUUUCACCUCAGCAGCUCAAACAUGCCGCUUUUGCUGCGAGACAACAGUGAACAAAACAAGAUUUUGAUUCGUCAAAAUAGCUUUUUAAUUUUUCAAUCUUCAGUGCCACAAAUUGACAUUGUUCAGCCAUAAAUUUGAAACAUUCGAAUUUUACUGUGCUCUGUCUCUUUCAAAUGCAUAUAAAAAAGCGAGUGAAAAAAACAAACCCCUUCGAAAUUCGAUUUUGGAAUUCGACUUCAAAGAAAACACGUUCGGAAACGUAUAAUAACCUACAAUUUUAAAGAUAUUUUUAAUAAAGAAAUCAUAUUAAAUAAUAAACGUUAUUUCAAUCUAUUGCUGUUCAUUUCUCUGUCUCUUAAAUAGUAUGUGUUCUCACUGCUGAGGUGAAAAGUUAUGUGUGCAACAGGAGAGCAAAGUAUUUUGCAUCUCGUGCUGUUGAGUCCCUCACUACGCUCGUGAAUCAAUCAUAGAAUCCUUCGCUUGCUCGGAACUCAAAAUCAGCACUCGAAACAAAAAAAAUAACUUUGCUCUCCUAUUGUUGCACAAAUAACUAUUGUGUUAUUACUGUUAUAAGAAUCUCCAUUCAUGUUGAAAUCCAGUGUGAUUUAUCAAUCGCUACGGGAGUGCCAAAUUAAUUCGUUUCAAAUUUUCGUUACAUGACAUCGAUUGAAAUGUGGUUUAUGCAUAUGAAUCUGUAAUAUUAUUGUGACGUGUUUGGUACGUUGAAUUUUUAGAGAAUAUUUCACAAAAUUUCUGAAUAUUUCACACCACUGGUCAGUUGUCUCUUGUUGAUUAAUUAAUUAUAAUGUAAAUUUUCAUGUAAAAAAUGUUCCUAAGAAUACUAAAAUAUUCAGCGAAUAUAAAAAUUAACAUGGUCUGACUAGAUUGUCGUGCCCCAAUCUAAAUUGAAAAUGCAUUGUGAUGAUGUAAAGAUAGAUUUUAAUAAACUUAGAGUAUUCGAUUUAAUGUGCUAAAAACUUGUUAUUGUGUCAAAAUAUCUAUUGUUGUGUGAAAUUUCAUCAACAGAAUUAAUUACAUAAAUUACUUAGAUCGUUUUCCCCAAAUUUAGGAUAAUGCAACGCACAUUUUUUAUACACGCGACUGUACGGAAAUGCGUGCGAGCACGCACGUUGUGGAGCGUACAAAUAAGGUAUGCGAAUUUGCGCGUUAGACAGUUAACAAUACGGUCUUUAUUCGUAUAAAUGGACAUUGACUAUGUUAACGGAAAAAGUUAGUACGAAUCCCAUAUUAGUAGUAUCACGGAAACACAUCAAUGUUUUAGUAUUAUAUAUAUUGUAAUUCCGUCUAAUAAUUGAAUCUGUCGUUUUUGUUUUAAAAAAUAUAUAGAAUUUUAUUUACAUUAAUUUCAAAGUAAAUUUAUGUUAUAAUUCAACGGAAGGACGACUGGAAGAGUUUUGUACUAAUAAAAUUACUUAAAAAAAAUUAAUGAAUUUUCUCGAAAUGAGGGUAGAAGUACGAUUCGUAUGUAUUAGUAAUAUAUAAUAUAUAUAUAUUUUAGUAAACUUAGUGUUGUAUCCGUCAAAUGUGAAUUAUAAAUUAACCGAAGGAAACUUCUUGUUGAACUAGAAAGAUGUUUUAUAGUUUUUGAAUUUCAUAGAAGUGUUUUUAACAAAUUUGUAACUUAAGCUGUUAUUGUUAUCUUGUUAGUUCAUCGUAAAUUUUAAGCAAAACUUAGUCAAUUACAAAAACAGAACUACCUGUAAUAGCAUGCCUCUCUGUAAAGUAGCAAAUAGUUGGCAUCCAUUAAAACACUAUAAUAUAAUUUACAUUUGGACGGAGUUUAUAUUAUCAAUGUUGUAAUAUGUAAGUCGGUAGUAUUAUAGUACUCGUAGUUGUUAUAAAAAAUGUACUUAAUUUAGCUUCGUCAUUCGAAAAGUAUUAGUUUAUUGUUUGAAAUUAAAUUUUCUCAUAUUAUAUUAAAUUAUAAUUUUUUUUAUACAUGGCAUAAAAUAAAUUUCUUUUAAAGUAUUUUACUAUGGCCUGGUAACAUAAUUAUUGAUGUUAGUCGAAUCCGGAUAUGCUAUUACGAAUCUAUAAAAAUAUCGAAUUAUUUGAACGAAUGUUAUUUAGUUAUUGUUUUUUUUUUCGAUCAGUCAGCGGUGAAACGAUUUUUUUUAGUCGGUUUCGAUAAUUCCUUGGCGUCUGUAUCGAUAAUAUUUACGUAAUAAUAUUAUGUUAUAAGAAUCGAUUGUUGGACUUUUCGAUGUUUUGGAUAGCAAAUCUUUGAGACAUCGGUUCUAGAGGUUGGCUCAUAUCGAACUAAUAAAAAAAAAUCUAUUAAAUAAAAACAUAAUGAAAUCUGCGCUGCUCUCCUGUAUUCGGAUGUCGGACGUCAGAUACAAUUGGACCAACGUCGAGAAUGAUGUGAACGGGUAACGUCUUGGUUUUUAUUAUUCAACGUUAUCUAGCAUUAGGUAUUCGUAAUCCCUCGUGGAGUUUUCUGGGCACGUUUUUAGUGAAACGGUUUGUAGGUUUCCUGCGUGUCGUUUCUUUCAUGUAACGCUGGAUUCACAUUUGUAGGAAUUGAGAUUGCGUUGGCCAUUACGUAAGAUCUAAUGUCUUAUGUGCAGAAGAAUAUUUCGCGAGCCGCUUCAAGAAAAUUCGUUGUUGGUUUUGGAACGAAGUUCCUUAUGGGACAAUGCGGAGGGGUACCCUAAUGGGGAAAAACGUCCGUAACGUAAGAUUUUUAUUAGUAAUGCACACAGUGUACGACUUAACUUUGUAAUAACGUACAAAAAAUAACAUAUUUUUUUAUCAUUCAUUGACCACGAUCUCAGAGCGUUCGUUCGCGCAAUACACUAACUCUUAUGCAAACAACCGUGAAUGAAGUGUACCACAAUAAGUUCGCACGCUACCGAAUGACCGUGGGUUGUUGCGAAAUCUCAAGUUUUAUUUUCUUUAUACCUCGAAUAGAACUUAAAAUUAAUAUUUUUGGCAUAAGGAACUUCGUUCCUAUCCGGUGUCCCGCGACACCACACACCUUUUCUAUUGUAGAUCGGUGUUAUGUAAAAAUUGUCGCACUCUCCUUACCGGAUCAUACGAUUGCAUCGCGACAGAAACACAAUAGCACAAGUGAAAUCCAAAUCGUGAUUGUAGAAAUCAUUAUAUUCCGGCGAUUAGCUUCUGUACCGUGAACGCCAUGUGAUCUCCUGUUAUCUUCGCAGCUUUUUUGCUGUGAAAACGGUUUUAUCAAAUCUCCGCCUCUAAUCGCGAUUCAACAUAGUAAUGAACGUUUGCCGGUAUAAUUGUUGGCACUUCAGUUGUUUUUGUUUUAGUACGAUCAAUCUAUGAUAGAUGGCGGGUAGGCUAAUGACGGUAGUUACGAUUUCGACCAGGACCUUCAUCAGUACAAUAUUAUAUUUUUAUGCGUUACUCUCUUCCCAAACCUUGAGUUUAAACAAAUGCCCUAGGAAAAUAGGCCUUGUGGUUCGCGUGUUAGUUGCGAAAUCAGAAUGACUUGUGAUUUUGUGUACACAUUAUCUGGCCUACGCAAGCUGCUACUAUAAAUGUGGGUUCAUAUUAAGCAUCAACGAUUGGCACCAGGGAAAUAAUGUUCCAACUGAAAAACAAAAAAUUUUGAGUACCGUUGACUUGGUGGUGAAGUGUGAUGGCUUUAUUUUUUUUAGAAACAUAAUACUGAUCUUCCACAGUGGGAUGUGUCUGUUUAACCAUUAGUCCGGAUCGAACCGAUAUCUGCUAUAACCAAUAGAAGUUGUUCCUUGUUUAGUUUUAUUAUUAUAAAUAUGGUAUAAAAUAAUGAACCUUUCUUCACAUUCCAACGAAGUUCUUAAGAUAUAUAUACCGUUAUCAGAAUGUUGCCAGUGUAAACAUGUACCAUAUUUACAAUGUUCGUAGAUUUCAAUUUUUAAAAAAAUGUAUUUUUUAACGAAAUAACUGCGUUUUUGCAGUAAUGAAAAAAAAGUUAUCCUUAGUUACUUGUUUAAAAAAAUAUUUUAUUAUAAUUAACAUAGAGUUGAAGUUAUCAAAUUGAUUUUAGUCGGUUAGGAAUUUUCGUUGAAAUUAUUGUUUCAAUUAAUGGUGCCAUUUAAUGUUGAUAGCACUGUAGAUUGUCUUUAUGUAAUUCUAAGGGAAUUUUUCACACUUUAAAACCUUAUCUACUUAGUAAGUUUGAACAAGGAUUUUUAUCAAUCGUACUUAUGUUCAUUUUCUUCUUCCGCCUAUUACGGAACAUUUUUCUUAGUAACAUAUUAUGAUUAUUCAUUUUAAUAUCCAUUCAUACGUUCAUUAAUAAAUAUUAAAAUUUUGUUCAGAUAUUUAAACUUGCAAUCAGUAAUAUCAUCUUUUUUUGACGUCCCCUCUUAUCCAUCUGCCUUUAUAAGGUUUUGUUUUUCAUGGUUUUUUUUUGAAGUGAAACUUCUUUAGGCGCAUGGGGGUAAAUGUUUAUAGAACGUCACGCAGGUAUGCAACGGAAGUGACAUCAAACUACUAUUGAAAUUAAGUACUUGUCAAAUGUCAGUAGUAGUAGUUGUUGUAUUUUUCCAACUGGAAAGGCAAAUGUAUCAUACCAUACAGCCUAAUAUUUUAUAAUUUUUUUGUGAAAAAUGUUAAUAGUAAUUGAAAUGAAAUGAAAAGAAUUUGGAACAUUAAUUAAAUAGCAUGAAAUUAAAUAAGUCAAUUCAAUUGGCAAAAUAUUAGUCAUUUACAAUUUAGAAAUCUAAACAUAAUGUGACUGUCAACACUGAGGUUUGAGAUUGACAUUUGACAGUCUUUUGGCGGGAACAUAUCUUCCUUUUCCCUUCCUCUAAGUCUCGGAAAUCUAAAGUUUUAGAUUUGUAUAAAUAUAAGCAAGACUUAUAAAAUUAGUUCGCCAAAAAAGUUUCACUUCUGACAUGUGUACUUUGUACGCACGCACUUUUUUUUUCAUUAAACGAUACCAUUUUAAUUUAACCCUUUGACUGCCAUAGAAGUCAUCAUUGCCCUACGUUGCGCAUUGAAGUAAUUAUGUCGAUUUCUGUUACUAAGGCGCCGGAAUAUCUAGUAGACUCUGGGAAAGACGAAUCCGAAGAAACUGAGAAUGAAUCUAUUUCUAAGAAAUCUAAAAGACUAAAAUAUAUAUAAAAAAAGAUGUGUGGUGUCGUGGGACACCGGAUAGGAACGAAGUUCCAUAUAAAAAAAAAAAGAAUUACGAGAAAAAAAUCGCGCGGUGAAAUAUCGCUGUGCGGAAAACAAGGCCUUAUUCCACAGACUUUUUCUUACGGUUUUUACUAUCACAUUUUUUCAGUUCGGUCGCGCAGCAAAAUCCCUAACUCAUCCAAGCCUGCCGUAAGGAACUUCAUUCCAAAAACAAAAGAAGGCAAAGUUAGGCAAUCCAGACGCUUAGUAACAGAAAUCGACAUAAUUACUUCAGUGCGCCGCGUAAGGCACCGGUGACCUACAUCGCAGUCAUUUAUCGUAGUAAAUAGCUUCCAAGUUCAUUGUUUAUCAACGAAUUAAAAACAAAUGUCUUUUUGUGGACAGAUUUCGUAUUUUAGUAGUUGCACGGUCGAUGAUCUUACUAUAAACGUAAUCUUUAAAUUGAACAUGAACGAUGAUACGUCUUGCAGUUUUUGUUUUGCCUUGUAUGUCCUGUCCGUUGUUAUUCUAAGCUAGAUAUUAUGUAGAUUUAUCGAAUUCUAGUUCAUUUCCACAUGACCCCACUCGUUAAUUAAACACCUACAGCCGUCAUUUUGAUUACUGUUCAUUUUAUAAACCAAACGAUCUUUUUUGCAGCUUAAUACGGAUGCCAAGUUAUACGUGCCAUUAAUAUGAGACCGUCAGCGCAAAAGUGCCCUAAGCUUACCAUAGACAAAGAAAUAAUAAUGUUUACAAAGCCAUCUGUUAUCUAUGAGUGAAACUAUGGAUAGGCCGGUUUCGCAUCAAAAUUUAUUAUAUAUUAAGUAAAUUGCAAUAUUGCAAUAAGCAUGAAAAAUAGUGGGUUAGGCCACUUUUACGCUGACGGCCUCAUAUCUGUGUUCCUCUCGCAAUUGGCACUUAUUUACUGUAAUUCUCGAAGUUAUUCAUGAAUCGUAGCCGUGCAUCGUUUCAUCUUAGACUUAGUCUGUAUUUGUAAGGUUUACAUACAUACAUAGGUCAUACGAGUAAGUUCCGAAUGACUGGGAAAAAAAAAACAAAAAAAAUUCUAAACCCUCUUUAUAGAAGUGACUUAUUUUAGUUUCCAACGAUUUUUGUGGUGUUAAAAUUUAGUCUCGCUCUUACUUCACUCUAACGAUAAAUGAUUUCGGAAUUUCAAUGCUCUAGGAACCAUAAAUAUUUUUGGUAAAUAGGUUAAUAUAGAUUUAGUGACUAUAAGAUGUUAUAGGGUGUGUAGUGGCCAUGUUGAAACUUGAUUUCUAUAGAAUUAAAAGUAAUAAAUAUUUCACAAGAGUCUGAUUGAUUGAACAAAAUAAUUCUAAACACAAUAUUAUAUGUCUUUAUAAGAUUUAAAUUAUUGUCAAAUAAAAACAAUCUUCCACUUUGACUAUAAUUAGGCCUAUGUUCCUAGUGCUACUAUCAAUCAGUAACUGUAUUCAUCUAUAAUCUGCUCUGAACUGUGUCCUCUCUCAUGUGCCUUAAAGUAGUAAAAUAUAAGAACAAUUUUUGCGUGUACUUAAUAUUUUCCUUCUAAAUCGAUAGAGUGAAGUAUUUAAAGGACUGUCUUCAACGAAAUCACGUAUAAAUUUCUGCAGUCCUAGUGAAAGAAAUCGUUUUUAAUUGAUUAGGCUGUGAAUCACCACGUAAUCAUUGUCAAAAUUUUACCUUUACUUUUAAUAAAUUUCCGUAUGUUGCUUUUGUCA